AUGGCUAAAUCCAAAAAGAAGAAAACUCCAACCCAUCCCAUCCCCACUCGUCAAUCCCAAAGAGCUCUCAAAUCAAUCCCAACUUCAGUCAUAUCCGGCCCUCAAACACCUCAACUUGGUUCUGAACGACCAUACAUCAAGAAUCACAUCAGCGUCUUAGAUCUCCCCACUGAAGUGCUGGAUCAGAUCUUCUCUCACGUAUCAUGUGACAACGACACAAAAGACGACCUUCUAUCAUGUUGCCUAGUCUCGAAGAGGUUUCACCAAGUCUCUGCGCCUCUUCUAUGGAGCCAUCUCAACCUUUCACCAUGGUCGAAAUGUCGCGACGAUGAAGGGGAUGCAGAUAGAUUAUCGAUAUACCGAGGGAUACUCGACAAGCUGUGUUCUGGAAAAUCGAAAAGGGUUGAUGGUUUGGUUAAAAGAGUGAAAUAUCUCACACUAUAUCAUCAUAAUCAUAACUGGUGUGGAGAUAUGAAAGGUGUACUUCGAUUACCCAAUUUACAAGUCCUUCAAAUCAACUUGAACUCGGGCACCUGGGAUCAUCCACAUUCACCGUGUCAUGACCGUGCAGGAGAGCGCUGCAAAUUGAUCUCUGACAUCCAUCCUUCAACUAUAAUAAUCAGAGACUGUGAGACUUCGACCAAUCCUUUGUCUCGUCCGUCCACUUGGCCAUUAUCAAUCUGGAGAAAUGUGCAUGAUUUGUUUUUCGUAUCUUCCGACUUCGGCUCAGACGAUGCAGACCAUAUGAGACUCGGUUUACCGGGAAUGCUAUUAGAUAGGUUAGAAUCAAUCACCUGGAUCUUCAGUCCGAUCCAUACCAGGAAUUUAUCACUCAAUAUUACGAUGUGUUACUUCAAGGCAUACUAUUUGUUCCCCUUCAUAUUCAGCUUAAAGCAAACUAAAAAUGUACCUUUCACUAUCGUCAACCCCGCUCAAUUCAUAUUUGAUCACCAAGCGAUCGUCGAACAUAUCAAACGCACGUUCGUCAAAUAUGCCAUCAAAUUAGGCAUGAGAAGGGAGGAUAUUGACAAAAGGUUGGGACAGAUUAGAUUCCUGACGAUGUACCAAUGGAUCGAAAUGAGAGGUGAAUGGGAAGGGAAAUUCGAUGAGAGGGAAUUGCUGGAAUGGAAAAAAGUCAUCGACAGACGUCAUUCGGGGAUACGAGGAUAG